CUCAAAUAAGUUCUGCCCGUAAGACACACAAAGGCGGCCUUUCCACGUCGUCACACAGUCAAGGGUGAGUUGUGUUCAUUUACCAUCUACCGAACGACUUCCAGAACCACGAUUUUGCACUGACAAACCACACAUAGGCAAUUAAAGCAAGGAAAGAAAGAGCAGGUAAUGCAGAACUAAAGAGUCCUUUCUUGGAUUUGAAGAAUUGAUGAAAUUACAGCUUGGAUGACCUGUGACCUCUGUCUUUACAAUCCACUGAAGAUAAUCAGACCCAUCUCUGCUAUAGAAACAGUAUCUUGGGCAGCUUGUCCCAAGGCAUCCUGUUUUUCAUUUCCUGGUUGUUUUGUUUCCUUAUGGAAAAAGACAGUUUCCAGCAGAGAGAACUAGACAAGAGUGGGCCUCCCCAGAGGAAAAUGCCCAAAAGAAUUAUCCAUUUUGCUGAUGGAGACAUCAUGGAAGAAUAUAGCACAGAAGAGGAGGAAGAGGAAGAAAACAAGGAGCUGAGAACAAAUUCAACCCCUGAUCCUUCUGGACUUGCAUGGGGGCCCUACCUUUGGUUCUGGGCAGGACGAAUAGCAAGGAUUUCAUUUUCUACGUGUGAAUUCCUUGGUGGACGAUUUGCUGUCUUCUUUGGUCUGCAUCAAGCCAAGUAUCAGUAUGUGUUAGAUGAGUACUGCAGAACACAAAACAAGGGAAGCCACAAGGAAAGUGAAAGGAGUGGAUCAAAGGCCCAGCUACCCAAUGAUCCUAAUGAAAAGUGUCACCUGGAGGCUGGGGGCCGAGAGUAUGGAACAAGACAGCAGGACGUUGACAAGGGCGCUCCCCGGUGGAGCAUCUCAUCCAGGGAGGGCCUGGCGGCAGAUUCCAGCUCCUGAUGGGCAGCGGGGCUCUCCUUCCCCUGGAUCUCUGUUCCCUGGUGACUGAUUACCAUGGCAACCGCACCACAGGUAGUGCUUGUGAGCCAGAGCUCAUCUUCAUCUCUUUGUGAUUUAUUCUCCAGCCAUCAAGAAAUGAGAACAACUGUGGAUUCUUCCUCAAUAUAAAUUGGUAUUUAUAAGCCUCACAACUCAACUGAUGCAAGUCCUGUCUGUCAGUUGUGGGCUGUUAGUAUUGAGAUUUGCUCAUCGUGUAAAUGCCUUAAGGAACUUGGGUGUGGAUGUGUUAGGCUGAAAUGCCUCUCAUGUGGCUAGGGUGCAGAAAAGAAGCUCUGUCUCUCAACAGAAAAUUUGGGCGUCAUCAAGUCUAAAGAAGGCAAGGUAACCCCCCUUCUUUUAGUGGAAAAGAAGGUUGAGAGUAUACCAUUUACUAGAUACAAUUUAUUUCUGUAAAUAGCACACUCUGGUCUGCCUAAUUCUCUAGAAUCAGCAGGAAGUAGAUAUCUUCCAGGGGACAAGUUAAUUUUGUUUAAGUAUGGUUGAUUUACAAUGUUGCACCAAUUUCUGCUGUUCAGCAAAGUGACCCAAUCAUACACACACACACACAUAUACCUUUUCUUAUAUUCUCUCCCAUCAUGAUCUAUCCCAAGAGACUAGAUACAGUUCCCUGUGCCAUACAGUGGGCAGGUACCAUUUAAUUUUUGAGAAAAGUCGAAGAGGUCAAAAGAGCCCAUCAUGGAGCCUAUUCUGAAGUGAAAUAACAAACAAUCCAGGGACAGAGUUUUAGUUUGGACCGACACCUGGCAUGCAAGUAACCAAUGCCUCCCUGGUAGAUGUGGCCACUUCUGUCACAUUAUAAAGCUCUCACAUUUACUUCAUGUUGAAAUUGGACUAGCAGGGCCUGUUGGAUGAAGAGCUAAGACUGACACCUCAGUAGAGACAAAGCAGUCAGACUGAAAACCACAACUGUCAUCAAUAUUACUAGUUGUAAUGGAUACAAUGAUUUGAGUGCCUGCUUAGAGCCGUGCACUUUUCCUCAGUUUUCACAUCUUAUUCUUGGAAUAGUCAUGGGGUGUGUCUACCUCGUGCACUUUAGUCCCCUUAUACUGACAACCAUGCUCACCCAGAAACAGGUCCCAUGACUGCGAUGCCACACACGACUCCACCUCCUGGUCGUGGUUGAUAGGCUGAGGGAUGGCCACCUGAACAAAAAGGGCUACUCGGAUUCUGUUUCCUGUACAUUCGAAACUGGGACUGAGGGGUGGUCACUUGAAUAGAUGAGCUGUAAAGAACUAUGGAUCUGACACCAAAAGCAAAGACAUUGAGAGCAAGAAUAAAGUGGGACUAGAUCAAACUCAAAAACAUCUGCACAGCAAAGGAAACCAUCAACAAAGCGGAAAGACAACCUAAUGAAUGGCAGGAAAUACUUGCAAAUCAUAUAUCUGGUAAGAGAGUAAUACCUGAAAUAUAUCAAGAACACAUUAAACUCAAUAGCAAAAAAAAAAAAAAAUUCAAUUUAAAAA